AUGUGAAAAGGUGGUUCAUCUAAUAGCCUCACCUUGAGGUCUCACUGCAACGCGGGCAGCGAAAGUAUUUCUGGAUGUGAUACUAUAAUGGGGAAGCGAGAUUCAGUAAGUUAUAUUCUUAUAUUAAUAAAAUGUCGAUAUUUUUGCGCAUCUCUAUCAUCUUGCUGACCCUACUGCCAGAGUUCCGUCAACGUGCUGUCAACAGUGACAGCUAUAUGGCACAUUUUCCCAAGAGCUGUAUUUGUUUACAUUUUAUUAUUUAUACAAGUUCUUUAUAGUUUUUACAGUUAUCGUUAGUUAAAAAUAAGCUAGCGAACCUGAUAAGGGGCUACAGCUGUAGUAAAUGGGACGCUACUACAGAAGCUAGGACUAUAAUUGGAUGAUUCCCUGUUAAGACGAUUGCAAGCCUAAUGUAAUCAUGAUUAUGUUGACACAACACUGUCACUUCAGUAGAUAUCAGUAGACAAAUGAGUCAACAAUGUGCACUAAAACUAUGCAAUUUUGGUGACAAACAUUGCAAUGCAAACAAUACUCUUAGGUCCUUCUAACCUAUUCAAAAUCUGUUGACCACUAUACUGCUUUAAGCUUGAAUGAUCCAUAGCAGUAUGGAUAGAUAGAUCUGUAGGUGUCAGUGGAUUUCUACUAUAGGUUAGCGGACAUGUAGUCAAAAUAUUUAUGCAUAUAAUGCAUAUAAUUCAUAUGGUAUAUACUAAGUGUUUGAUAGAUGAAUGAUGUAUUGCAUUGACUCACCACAAUGGAAUAAUGGGCAAAUGUUUUAUGUUUGGGUGUCCAAACAAGGUAGCAGAUAAAGCUGAAGGUGUAUCAUUCCACAGAUUGUCAAAGCUUCAGCUUCAGCAGUUGAUAUCUGCUUGUGGAAGAACAGGAACAGCAUCAAAUAGUGCCCUCGUUUGUUCAGAUCAUUUCACCCCUGAAUCUUUUUUAGCUGUGGGUGGAAAACGCUUUCUUAGGCCAAGUUCUGUUAUUGUAAGAAAGGCAACUAAAGCGGUAACAAACCACUCUUCAGGGCAUGGGUUCCAAAUUCCAACUGCAGUAUUUGAGUGUGUGAAUGUCAAGCAAUCUUCUGCUGAAGAUUAUUUAGAAGAAACUGAAUACACACAUGUUGAAUAUUUAGACCCACUAGACCGUGCUGUUGAUAAUAGUCAAACCACUUCAGCAUCAAAUAGUCAGGAUAUGCACAUCGUAAUAAAAAGUGAGAUGGAUAAACCAGAUCUGGUUCAAGAAGAAGUUGAUCACCAAUAUACUUCCACAGUAAAAUAUAAUAGAAUGUCAAAUAAUGAUAUAGUUCCAACAACUUCAAAGCCUAGAGAAAUACAUAAACCUUAUAUAAAACAUAGGCUGCGAUUCAAGGAGCAUGAUGACUUGGCCUUGUUGAGGGAGAUACUCAGUAAUAAUCCAUAUGAAAACCCUCAUCUAUGGGACGUUGUCCAAGAAAAUGUGUUUCGACUCACAGGCAAGAAAUUUUCAUUAAAAACACUGAAAGACCACGCUCAGUUGCUAAUCCAGCAAUGGUUGAACGAAGCAAAGACAUUAGAAGAUGGUUCAGUUGUUCAAGACCCAUAUUCUGAAAAAUCCCAUUUGUGUUAUCAAGUAAACGAAUGCAUUGGAGAGGCAUCAAAAAAGAAGACCUCAAGAAAAUCCAUAAAGCAAGAUCCGGCCUCAAUUAUUGUUAGAGAGCCAAUUAAAGCAGCAGCUCAGGAUAUAUUGAGAGAAGAUGGGUACCUAAUGGUAGAACAUCGUUAUGAUGAAUUACUGGGUGAGACAGAUGGAAAUACUACCUGUGACAAUAAUGAGAGUGAUUCUGCAACUGAGAACCAUAAAAGGAAAUUUGAGGAGGAUGAGAUUAUACGUGAGUCCCCUUCUUCCCGAAUUUUGCUGGAAUUGCGAUCAACGUUGUUCUAUUUUAGAGAGGGCCAGAGCAAAAACGAGAUGGAAUAACGAUGAAAAAGAAAGACUACCUUCCUACGACGAAUACGACACAUACCACUAUGAGUUGAAGAAAGUUGACCAGGAUUUAGCACAGCAGAAAAUCAAUAUAGAGAAAGAAAAGCUCGCAACUGAGAAUCGGCGCCUAGAAUUGGAGGAAAAGAAAUUAUCUUUGCAAGAAUAUGAAAGGAAAAAGUAUAUAGAAUUAUUAGAGAAGAAAUUUGAACAUGAAAGAGAAGAUAAGAGUGUUUUACUAAAGAUAAUUGAGAGGCAAGAGAAUAUUAUCAAUAAUUUGUUAAAUAAUAAGCAAUAAGUGAUUCAUAAUAAAUCUUUGCAUAACA